AUGAUCACAAAGGUUCUAGUUCCUGAGUUUGAGGAAGAAAUUGGGCUCCCUGAGGUUGAACGUCUGACUAAGUUUGUUAAUAUAGUCAAUGCAUUACCAAUAAACGGAUCUGGAAUUGCUGGUGGUUUGGGAUCAAAGCUAAUGGAUGUGCCUAAAGAUGUCGGAAAAGCUAUUGCUAAUUGUGACAAACAAGAAAUCCUGCAGUCCCUGAAAAGGCUUCUAGAUAUUUGCAAACAGAAAAAGUGUGCACAUCAGAAGCUCCUGACAAUUGAAGCUCAAAUUGGUGUUGCCAAGAUGGCUGUUGGUAAGGAUGAUGAGGGCAAGACAAACACAAAGGGUAGCAACAAGGACAGUGGAUCUAGAAAGAAGUGCGAGACAGAGGUUACUAACAAGGGCAAAAUAGAAACAAUGGGUAGCAGUAAGGAUGAUCGAUUUGCAAAUAAUGGCUAG